UUCUGAAAUGAAAGCUGAAGAAAAGAAUAAUGAUAAAGGCGACGUGGAGGUGUACAUGAAGCCUGGUCCAUACACAGAUCCUUUCACAGCGGUGACUUUGGGCUGGCCAGACAAUGACAAGGAUUUGCUCUUCCAAUGGUCGUGUGGGCGCUGCUGGACUCAGUGGAGCGACUGUGUUGAGAGGCGGCUGCUCCACACAGACCAGAAGGAACUGGUGGUUCCACCAUCCUGUCUGCCACUGCCCAACUCUGCUGUCACCCUGCGCCUGGCUGUCCUGAGAGGCCAGAGGCUGGAGAACCAGGUGGAGCGAUGCCUCUACGUGUCUGUUGCUCUGGAACUCAGACCUCGAAUCAGCUGUGACAAGAACUGUGGGCCAGUGGACGCUGGAGAGGACGUUCUGCUCAGGGUUGCCCUGGGAGACAGCUCCCCGGAGGUCACCUUUAGCUGGUAUUUAGACAGCACUCCAACAGAGAAGGCUGAGCCCCUCCCGGAUGCCUGCACACUCAGAGGAUUCUGGCCCAGCUCUCUCACUCCCCUUCAGAGCAACGCCUCCUCCUUGUUGCUGAGCAGCUCCCUCCUGCAGAGCUGGGGCAAGGUCAUCAGAGUCAGAGCCACAGCACUGACCAGAGAUGCCUUCGGGGAGGAUACCUAUGUGGUCAGCACCCUGCCUACCCCCGAGGUGCCUGCCUGCGCCAUUGCCCCACGGGAGGGAACGGUUCUGACAAGCUUCUCCAUCGUCUGCAAUGCCUCCGCCGCCCCCGGCCUCCUGCAAUACUGCUUCUGCCUGGAAUCAGGUUCCUGCCUACACUGUGGCCCCGAACCUGUCCUCCCAUCCAUUUAUCUGCCACUUGGAAAAGAAAACAGUGACUUUGUGCUGACGGUGGUCAUUUCUGUCACCAAUCACGCCGGGGACAGACAGCAGACCUAUGCAACAGUUAAGGUGAGACUUGGAGACGUGCAACUUGAGGAUGGAGUAUUCCAGGCUGCCGUGUCAGAGAAAAUCAGCACCACUCUGCAAGGCAAGCAUGGCCCAGAGAGGCUCCUCCAGCUGGCCAAGUCUGUGUCCUCUGCACUGAACCAGGAGCGCCAGAGCCAGGGCUCUGGCCAGCAGCUAAGAAUGGACACCAGACGGAAGGUCAGAGAGCGCGUGCUGGGGUCACUGUCUAUGGUCACUGCCAGCCUGGAGAACAUGCAGCAGGUGCAGGGGCUGGCGGAGGCGCUGAGAGAGGUGACCCGCCACAGUGAGGAGCUCACCCCCUUGGCCCAGCGGGAGGCCAGCCGGGCUGUGCAGCAUGUUGGUGAGGCCCUGUUGACAGUGAGUGCCAAGGCCCAUCCUGAGGACCAGAGGCGCCAAGCAGCCACCAGGGACCUGUUUCAGGCUGUGGGCAGCAUGCUGGAAGCUUCCCUGAGCAACAGACCAGAGGAGCUUGCAGAGGCCAAAGGCAUCCAGACUGCCACCGUGCCCCGGCUGCUCAGAGCUGUGGAGUGUGUGCAGACUGCCCUCCUGCUGGGGAAGCUGCCCAGAGGCCCACCAGCCAUGCUUACCACCCCCUCCGUUGCUGUGUACACAAACAGGUGAGAGCUGCCCCAUGGGGCCCCGAGGAAGGUCUCCCCCAACAUCGAUCCUUCCACACCUACACCCCCCCAAGACCCGACAGGAGCUGGAGAAGUGCCGGCUCCUGUCACUGGGCAGGACUCUCCACCUGGGAAGAUCCCUGCUGCCGUGUCGUGCAUUUGUGCAGCACAGGAAGGGAAGUGUUGAGUGCCCAGCCCAGGGUUGGAGCCACCUGAAGGAGUCCUGACAGGUGGGUCACUCCCCAGCUGUGCGGGCCACAGGGCUGACUGAAGUAGGACCAGCCCGCCAUUACCCAUGUCCCAAGGAUGUCUGGCCAGCCCGUGGAGACUCAAGAUACACUGGCCUUGAGAGUCUCUCCAUGGGGGCGUUUCUCGUCUCUGACUGCUGGCCCAUCCCUGGGAUGCCCUGACCCUCCACUCCUCCACCUGGGAGUAAAGGCUGGGCCAUGCCACAGGCACCACUGGGACCUCUGCACUAAGCACGGUGCCAGGGUGACCCUCUUGGGUUCUGGGGACAGUU